CUGUCAAUAAUUUCCAUCAACUUCCUGUUUCGUAAUGUCAUAUUUCUUUCGGUCUUUUUCCGUCAUCUCUUUACUGUGAUUGAAACACAUUUCGUUGUGUAUAAAAAGAAAAUCAUAAUGUCGGAUGUCGAAGUUGAAGUCCCGGUUGCGCCGAUCGAUGGAACGAUGGAUGUGAACACUGCCCUGCAGGAAGUGCUAAAGAAGUCGCUGAUUGCUGACGGGUUGGUGCACGGUAUUCACGAGGCUUGCAAGGCGCUGGACAAACGUCAGGCCGUGCUCUGCAUUCUUGCCGAGAGCUGCGACGAGCCCCAGUACAAGAAGUUGAUCACAGCUCUUUGCAACGAGCAUCAAAUUCCGCUUAUUCGGGUGGAUUCUAACAAGAAGCUCGGAGAAUGGUCCGGUUUGUGUAAAAUCGAUAAGGAAGGAAAACCGAGGAAGAUUUCGGGUGCUUCUUGUGUAGUGCUGAAGGCAUACGGAGAAGAAACUCCGGCUCAUGAUGUUAUCAAAGAGCAUAUGAAACAGCUGCGACAGUCGAGCUAAUUUAGAAAGUAAUUAAAUGAGAAAUAAAUACGAACGUCGCUAAAGCAUUUUUAACAA